CGCUACACUCGGCUGCUCUCGGCGCGGCGGACGCCAGGGGAGAGAAAGGAAAAUGGCCAAAAUGGAGGCAAAGACAUCACUUCUAGACAACAUGAUUGGGGUGGGAGAUAUGGUGCUUUUAGAGCCUCUCAAUGAAGAUACAUUCAUCAAUAACCUCAAAAAGCGCUUUGACCACAAUGAAAUAUACACAUACAUCGGCAGUGUGGUUAUUUCAUUAAAUCCAUACAGAUCACUACCUAUUUAUUCACCUGAGAAGGUUGAAGAAUACAGGAACAGGAACUUUUAUGAACUCAGUCCUCAUAUAUUCGCUUUGUCAGAUGAAGCAUACAGAUCCUUGAGGGACCAAGAUAAGGACCAGUGCAUUCUUAUUACAGGGGAAAGUGGAGCUGGGAAAACAGAGGCCAGCAAACUUGUCAUGUCAUAUGUAGCAGCUGUUUGUGGAAAAGGAGCUGAAGUUAAUCAAGUAAAAGAACAACUUUUACAGUCAAAUCCAGUGCUUGAAGCUUUUGGAAAUGCCAAAACUGUAAAGAAUGACAACUCUUCUAGAUUUGGAAAAUACAUGGAUAUUGAAUUUGAUUUCAAAGGUGAUCCGCUUGGAGGAGUUAUAAGUAACUAUCUGUUAGAGAAGUCGCGUGUUGUUAAACAACCACGAGGUGAAAGAAACUUUCAUAUCUUCUAUCAAAUCCUUUCUGGUGGUUCAGAAGACCUGCUUUGCAAACUUAAACUUGAACGGGAUUUCAGCAGAUAUAACUACCUGGGUCUGGAUUCUGCCAGAGUAAAUGGAGUAGAUGACGCAGCAAACUUCAGAACAGUUAGGAAUGCCAUGCAGAUUGUUGGCUUUAUGGAUCAUGAAACACAAUCUGUCUUUGAAGUGGUAGCAGCAGUUCUGAAAUUGGGAAACAUUGAAUUCAAACCUGAAUCUCGAGUAAAUGGUUUAGAUGAAAGUAAAAUUAAAGAUAAAAAUGAGCUCAAAGAAAUUUGUGAGUUGACAGGUAUUGAUCAGUCAGUGUUGGAAAGAGCAUUUAGCUUCCGUACAGUUGAAGCCAAACAAGAAAAGGUCUCUACAACCCUAAAUGUGGCUCAGGCUUAUUAUGCCCGUGAUGCUCUGGCUAAGAAUUUGUACAGUAGACUGUUUUCCUGGCUUGUAACCAGAAUCAAUGAGAGCAUUAAGGCUCAGACAAAAGUAAGAAAAAAGGUCAUGGGAGUGUUGGACAUCUAUGGCUUUGAAAUUUUUGAGGAUGGAGAAAACAGUUUUGAGCAAUUCAUUAUUAACUACUGUAAUGAGAAGCUGCAGCAGAUCUUCAUUGAACUCACCCUUAAAGAAGAACAGGAAGAAUACAUACGUGAGGGUAUUGAAUGGACUCACAUUGAAUAUUUCAACAACGCUAUAAUUUGUGACCUAAUAGAAAAUAAUCAAACUGGAAUUCUGGCUAUGCUAGAUGAAGAGUGCCUGCGGCCAGGGACUGUUACUGAUGACACCUUUUUAGAGAAACUGAACCAAAUCUGUGCUACUCAUCAGCACUUUGAGAGCAGGAUGAGCAAAUGUUCACGUUUCCUGAAUGAUACAUCCCUGCCUCACUGUUGCUUCAGAAUUCAGCAUUAUGCUGGCAAGGUGAUGUACCAAGUUGAAGGAUUUGUUGACAAAAAUAAUGAUCUGCUCUACCGUGACCUUUCCCAGGCCAUGUGGAAGGCCAACCACUCCCUAAUUAAAGACUUAUUUCCAGAAGGUAACCCUGCCAAGAUUAACCUAAAGAGACCCCCAACAGCGGGUUCACAAUUCAAGGCUUCUGUAGCUACCCUGAUGAAAAACCUUCAGACAAAAAAUCCAAACUACAUUAGAUGCAUCAAACCCAAUGACAAAAAAGCUGCACACAUCUUCAAUGAUGCUCUAGUAUGCCACCAGGUCCGGUACCUUGGUCUCCUGGAGAAUGUCCGAGUUAGAAGGGCAGGCUACGCAUUCAGGCAGCCUUAUGAACCUUGUCUAGAAAGGUACAAAAUGCUUUGCAAGCAAACAUGGCCUCACUGGGGAGGACCUGCAAGGGAUGGUGUAGAAGUUCUGUUUAAUGACUUGGAAAUUCCUGAGGAGGAAUAUUCUUUUGGUAGAUCGAAAAUAUUCAUCCGCAACCCAAGAACGCUCUUCAAAUUAGAAGAUCUGCGAAAGCAACGUCUUGAAGAUUUGGCCACACUCAUUCAGAAGAUUUACAGAGGAUGGAAAUGCCGUACUCAUUUCCUUUUAAUGAAGAAGAGCCAAAUUGUGAUUGCCUCCUGGUACAGGAGAUAUGCACAACAAAAGAAGUAUCAGAAGAUAAAGAGUUCGGCAAUUAUAGUACAGUCUUACAUCAGAGGAUGGAAGGCUCGAAAGCUUCUCCGAGAACUUAAGCAUCAGAAACGUUGCAACAAAGCUGUCACAACUAUUGCAGCUUAUUGGCAUGGUACCCAGGCGCGAAGGGAACUGAGACGACUGAAGGAGGAUGCUAGAAAUAAACAUGCUAUUGCUGUUGUUUGGGCUUACUGGCUUGGAUAUAAGGCUCGAAGGGAAUUGAAACGCUUGAAGGAGGAGGCUAGGCGUAAGCAUGCUGUUGCAGUCAUUUGGGCUUACUGGCUUGGACUGAAGGUUCGGAGAGAAUACAGGAAAUUCUUCAGAGCCAAUGCUGGAAGAAAAAUUUCUGAAUUUAUACUUCAGAAAAUUAUACAAAAAUACUUCUUGGAAAUGAAGAAUAAGAUGCCUUCUCUGUCACCAGUAGACAAAAACUGGCCAGCAAGGCCUUACCUCUUCUUGGAUUCAACUCACAAUGAGCUAAAGAGGAUCUUCCACUUGUGGAGGUGUAAAAAGUACAGAGACCAAUUCACAGAUCAACAGAAACUGGUAUAUGAAGAAAAACUGGAAGCCAGUGAACUUUUCAAGGACAAGAAGGCUUUAUACCCAGCCAGUGUUGGACAGCCAUUCCAAGGGGCUUACCUGGAAAUCAGCAAAAACCCAAAGUACAAAAAACUCAAAGAUGCUGUGGAUGAAAAGAUCAUCAUUGCUGAAGUUGUGAAUAAAAUCAAUAGAGCUAAUGGGAAGGCUACAUCCAGGAUUUUCUUGCUAACAAACAGUAAUGUCCUACUCGCUGAUCAGAAGUCUGGAAAUAUCAAAUCAGAGGUUCCCUUGGGAGAUGUUACUAAAGUGUCCAUGAGUUCCCAAAAUGAUGGUUUUUUUGCUGUGCACCUCAAAGAGGGCUCAGGAGCAGCUGGUAAAGGGGAUUUCCUGUUCAGCAGUGAUCACCUUAUUGAAAUGGCCACCAAGCUUUACCGUACCACUCUCACUCAAACCAAGCAGAAGCUCAACAUUGAGAUUUCCGAUGAGUUCCUGGUUCAAUUCAGACAAGACAAAGUAUGUGUGAAAUUCAUACAGGGAAACCAGAGAAAUGGCAAUGUCCCGACCUGCAAACGAAAAAACAACCGUCUCCUUGAAGUUGCUGUACCUUAACUACAGUUUGGUUCUGCUCCAUUUCAUGGACUUGUUUCUUUGUAAUAGUGCAAUGUUUGUUUGUUUUUUCCUUUUUGGAGGGGGAGGGGGGCACUGCCAGUGGCUAAUAGCUUUAGAAACCCUUGGCAAAUUAUUUGACCACUUGAUGGUUAAAUCUCUUGUUCAUGCAGUAAAUACAGACUUUGUCCAGUGGCAGCAUUUUACAAACUGGCAACUCUUACAUAUGAUAUGCGCUCUUUGUUUAGUUAUUUCAUUUUAGUGCAACAUACCAUAGAUCUCAUAUCCAUGACAAAUUGCUAAUCUCAUUAUACUAUAAACCUGCUUACACAGAAGAUAUAUAGAUUGCAUCAUAAAAAUAUUGAUGAUUAUGGAUGCAUUUUUAUACCAAUCUGUGCUGGUGUUCUAAAGGGUUAAUUGUUUACUAUCAUUGGAGAGUCUGGCAAAAUUAUGGGAAUGAAACAGUAACUUUAAUAGUAAACAGCUCUAAUACAUAUGUAACUUGAUCUUUAAUGGAACAUGGUUCAGGAAAAUCCUGUUCUGCACAGCAGAAGGAAUGUACGACUGUAUAUGCAGCAUCUGUGUGUGGUUUUUAUUUUUAGUAAAGGUUUUGAAACAGGCUUUUAAUUAGGUUAGAUACUUUUAAUUAUUUUAUAUGCUUGGAAGCAGUAAAAUUAAGGAGGGGACAUAUAUUUCUUUAAGUCAUGAAAGCUCUACAGUUCGAAGUAUAUUUUUGUUCUGCUUUUUUCUUUAAUUACCAGUUAGCUUUAAAUACUGAAAAAUAGAAUAGUAUUCCUGAUAAAAAUAACUGCUAGGAAUUUAAACUGCUUUGUAAUCAAGUGAAGGGAUAGAUCCUUUUUUUGUUUAGAUAUUGGCAUAUAAUGUGCAAUAAAACAUUUGUGACAUUUUGUGAAAAUUAUUUAUAAUACACAGUUGUGUAUAAGAGGGAUGAUUGGUACAACCUGCAUAGAUAUGAAGUAGGGAUUAAAUUAGGUUGGUCUUGCUCUCAGUUUUUUAGAAUGUGUGCUAAAGUUGCCAGUUUGGGGAAAGUACGUAGAAUGUAAAAGUUUCUUAUUUUGGGGGAGGGUGUAUAUAAAUUGGCAUUACGAAAAUAGAAUUGUUCUAAUUCUAUGCUUUUUGGUACUCCUAUGUUAUAACCAUAUUUUUGUAUUUCAGACUUUUUUAAUAAGUUGUGUGCCUGGUGUAAUGUGUGCACAGAAACACUUUACAAUCAAGAACUGUGUUAUAAACUUCCAGUUUAACUGAUUGCAGUUAAUCUUUUAUAAACCAGAAGCAUUAGCUGAAUGGAUUGAUUUAUGGGAAUUUUUAAAGCUCUUUUAGAUAAGAAAAAUGACUCGAGUGAAGGUUUGUUGAAUGUGCUUGUUGAUCUGUUGGUGCAAAGACAGUUGAGAAAUACUGUAUUCUUGCAGUCUGAUGCAAGUAUCUGUCUUCAAAGAUAGGUUAAAACACCAGGCAUCUGAUGUGCAAUGCUGAAAGCUCAAGCAUAAAUAAAGAUAAAGAAAAGUUCAGAGUCUUGGUAGUCUCCUGUUGAUGAAGUUAUGUAGUAUUCAUAGAUACAAGUGAACGUUUGGCUAAGAUCAUGUGUAGAGUUCUACUGAAAUGUAGUUUGUCGGUAUUAAAACACUGCUUACUGCAGUAGAAACACUAAGGUUUCAGAUAAAGUCCUUAAACAUCUGGGUCAAGUACAGACGUUAUUCUUUUACCAGUAUACAUGAUCGGAAACCAAUCUACACCUGCAACAAAAUGGAAGGUCUGCGCACAAAACUGAUUUAUGCUUAUAACAGAAGUUCAGCAAACACAGACUGGUUUAAAAUGGUGGAACCUGGUCUAAGAGUUGCCCCGACCUCCUCCAUAUGUUAUGUUUGCUACCAAUAUAAACUAUACCACCUACAGAAAAACACGUAACUUAGAUUUAUUCUGCCUCGGGCUUUUUGAAUGUCUGUACCUAGCCCAAGAAAGCAAAUUAUUGCAUUUCUAAAAUUAAAAUGAUUAACACUGCCUUGAGAUAAAACAGAAUGGUUUUGCUGUAACUUGGAAGGUUACUUAAACUGUUGUCUCCUCACCAUGGUGGCAGUAGCUUUGAAUGGUUAUAGUAGAUGGACAUUUUCUGUUAAACCUCUCUGAAAUAUGAUAGAAGCUACCUUGUCCUUAGUCCUUUAUUUUGAGCUGUUGUGUAUUACUAAAAUUUAUAAUCCAUUAAUUUGACAAAACUAAAUUUUAAAGGCAUCCUAGAAAUGCUAUAAUUAAGAAAGCAUACAAAAUAAGUUUAGUAUGAAUUUCUAGAGCAAAAUUAGGAUGCACUCCAAUUAUAAUUCCAUUGCCUUAAGAACACAGCACAAAAAUGGUAAUAUUAUAUUUCAUGUCUCAUUCUUCAUAUACCUUCAGUUUGAAUUUCCACUUGGCAAAGUGCAGUCCAAUUAAAAGCUACAAGGGUUUAUAAAGCUGUUUAUAUUUUGAGACUACUUUCUAUAGGAACCUAGGGGGCCAAAUUUUCAAAAAUAGCCUAAAAAUAAAGAAAGUAGACAUCUAAAUUCUGUCAUUUGUUCCUGUAGUUGUUUGCUGGUUAAAAAUUAGAAGUGACCUUAUGGUGCAUGUGAACAUUUGGCCCACAAAAUCAGUUUUCCUUCUGAUCUGUUUAGGGAGUCACUAUAUAAAUUACUUUAAUUUUAUUUGUUGUGUGUAUUUAAAAUGACCAUAGUGAAAGGGCAGAAAAAGUGUUUAAAGAAAAUAGUUUUACACCUUGGUUUCUACUGUGCCAUUUUUUUUAGGACCUUUGCAAAUUUUAGCCUGUUUAUUAGUUCAGACUUUGAUAGUACCAAUAGACACCUUUAAAAAAAAUUGGAUUCUAAAUGUACAGCGGAAGUUAACUGAACAUAAAUUAUUCAACUAUACUAGCUUAGUCAUGAUAUUUUAAUGUUUAGACUGAGUAUUCAGGGUGUUGAAAAUAAAAUGCAAGGUCAUUUGAUUUGUU